UUUCCGUCACUCACGCGUUUGAGUCAAAGAAGAUGGAAGACAUUUCUUUGGACGAAGUGAUACGUCGACGUGGUUUCAACAACAAAGAAACAGUUAAAAGGUAUUAAUUUAGCAAUUUAUGAGUUUGAAUGCAAUUUAUUAUCGUUAUGGUGCGUUAUGCCUUGAGUUGUAUCAUUCAACGUAAUGAAGAAAUUCAUUUUCCAGAAAGCCUAUUUCAAAUCCUCAGCCGUCCUGUUCAGACAAGGCCCGCCUGUACUCACGGUUGGAUUACAACAGAGUUCUUCAAUUCCGGUCCUGGAGGGCCGAAACACUUCUGUUUUUUUAUUUCUACCUGGUAGUUAAUUGCACUCACCUGGUGUCCCAGGUCUGAAUUAGCCCCUGAUUAGAAGGAGAUGAUGAAAAACAGAGGUGUUUCGGCCCUCCAGGACCGGAAUUUAAGAACCCUGGAUUACAAUCAUGUAGCUACUAUCUAUCGCUACACUGCAGACACUGAUUUCCCUUGAUAUCAAUGAGCCAAAUACGCGCAGCUAGCUAUUUAUCAGGCCUCCGUUUUGUUAGUUAGCUAACUACUUAAAAUAAAAAAGAUUUAUCAGCAUUUGAUAACGGUAGCUAUCGAGCAAUCAAUAACCGAAUAAGGUAAACAGUUCGCUGGAAUGUAGGUAGGUAGUUAGCUAGCUAACUAAUGUUAGCUAAUUAUAAACUAACAAUGGUUACAAACGCGAAAACGUAUAGCUAGCUAGUUAGUAUACCCAUAGAUCAGGUACAGAGCGCGAGGCAGUCUUGUAGAGCUACUCUAGUGUACCCUCUACCCAGAGUCAUAUGUAGUCAACUAGUUGUAGCCUAGUCCUCCAUUAUCUAAUGUUAAAAUUUUGGAAAACACACAAGGAGCGUAUAUCGCUUUGAGUAUACCUAGAGAGCCAUACUGAAUGUAGGACAAAAUAAUCAAAUACUAUAGCUGGUCUUAUAUGCGCUCCAUGUGUGUUUUGCUAAAUGUGGAUAUUAGGUAAUGGAGGAUUAAGCUACAACUAGUUGACUACCAAUGUCGACCUCUUCUCUUCCUCUUGUCUUUCAGGCCUAUGUUCGGCAGGGGUGCAGGAGGGGUCGGGAGGACCUUUGAUGCCCGACAGAAAAUUGGGAUGACUGAUGUCAGACAGAGACUUGGAGGAGGAGGAACCGGUAACCAAAAAACUGAUUUUCAGUAGUAUUAAAUAUUCAAGGGAAUGACAUUGUUGCAACUCAAACAAUUAUUUAAUUCUGAACAGCUUUUGGAGCAAUGCUCAAGGUAAUAAUACAUUUUACAUUUGAGUCAUUUAGCAGACGCUCUUAUCCAGAGCGACUUACAGGAGCAAUAAGGGUUAAGUGCCUUGCUCAAGGGCACAUCGACAGAUUUUUCACCUAGUCUGCUCAGGGAUUAGAACCAGCGACCUUUCAGUUACUGCCACAACACUCUUAACCACUAAGUUACCUGCCGCCCUAUAGAUGCCCCAGCCUUUGCCAGAGUUGAAGCAGGUAUUUUGUGUGAGAACCUGCCUGUUGCACGAUUGAGAAGUAGAGUGAUGUAUUCCAUUUGACAGAUUGAUUUUGUGUCAAGUGGACAUGAAAAAUGCUUAUUGAGACUUCGAGCUCUAUGUGUAUGCCAUAUUUGGAUGUCUCUCUUACCUAAGCCCCAUUACAUUUUAGUCAUUUACAAAAUAAUCUGUUUCAAACUACACAUUUUACUGUUGGACUACAUUACGUUCUGUUAAGCAUUCUUACAAGUCAGAUCAGACAUUGGAAUUGUUUCUUGCCUUCUGCUCACUCUUGUCCUAAUCUCGCUUCCUCCAGCUUUUCAAGUGAAGGAUGCCAGAGAGAAACUUGUCCAGAAAGAUGCCCGCUUCCGAAUCCGUGGUGGAGGAGGAGCAGGUGGGGUCCAGGAUGCCCGACAGAUGAUCAACUCACGGAAAGGAGGACAGAAUACAUUUAAUGUUACCCCACAGAGCUUACAGCAGAUACCAGCAGCACAGCUACAGACACACGUGCAGCAGCAGAUACAGAUACACACUACCAACGACAUUGCCAGUGCGAAUGCCAGGCAGUUUACCCCCAACCUACAAGGAAUGAACAUUAGAGCUGAGGUUACGCCACAGCUGGGGGGUGCACCUAAGAGGAUGAUGGAUGCUCGUGAUAGGCUGAGCCUCAAGAGGAGCAUUGGAGCUCCACCAAGCCAAGGAAUGGCGGCACCCAUGAAGAUCACCAAAACCAUCCAGGUAAGGGAUCAGGCUGACAGUUGGCGCCAAAGUGAUAGUAACCACAGGUCCAGGAUCUGCUCUAAUAUUAUCCAGGCCUAGCAACUAGACAAAAUUGACCCGCUUGUCACUCAGGAUGGGCAUGGAUAAGAGAAAAUGCAAAUUCUUACAUUGUUUAUAGUGGUAGAGCAUAGCCUCACUCCAAACAUAGUUGCAAGCUAAAGUUAAUGGGAAAUUAGUUUAAAAUUCAACUAGGCUUAUUUGGUUCUACAGUUCCUGUAUGCUAUUUAUUGAUUGGUAGCAUGCUUUUAGAGUCAAAUGUAUUUAUUCACCUUCUUCUGAAUAAUGAUUUUAUUUAACUUUUUUUAACAGCAAAGGCCGGUAGGGAUGUCAAGUGGGAUCCGUAUGAACAUGCCAAGCAGGGGUUCCCUGGUAAGGAACAUUUUUGGAGAAGAUAGGAAUCAGAAUUUAGAUGCCAGAAUUGAUUCAAGUUGUCUUGUACUUUAUCUAUCAACUGAAUUUGGUUGUUUUCUGCUGGUCAUGCCCCACUGCAAUGCAUAUAUGAGUGAGUAAUGUACCAUAUCUCCCUCAGUCUUUCUCAGGUGAUGAUGAUGAUGAUGAUAUCCCUAGCAAACAGAUGAAGACCACUACUGGCAACCAUAUGCUGCAGUCACGGGUGGGAAGACUAUGCUAGACUUUCUUAACUUUUCUCUCUUUCUGUUGCUUUUCCCUAAAUUAUCUGUAUCUGUAAUUCUUUAUUAUUCAAUAUAAAUCGAAUAUCCCUUUAAUACCACCACACUGGCUGUAUUGGUGUCUCACUCUCAACACUUUCUAGUCACUGAAAAGUUUCAAUGCUCUCUCUCUUUCUCCAACAGCCUGGCACCCUGGGCUCCCCUUUCUCCAUGUCAGCCCCCAUCACUAAAGUAGUGAAAAAUGAUGCGUACACAGCUCCCCGUCCCCCAGUGCCUGUUGCACCCACAAGGCCCAGCCCUAGUGUGGGGGCCUCCCGCUCCUCUGCUUCCGCCUUACAGCCCAUCUCCAGGACCCUCCAGCAGGCAGGGCCCACAGCUGAGCCCAGCUCCCAGCCUCUUCCACCCCCACAGGUCAGUCUCCAUAUGUCCCUUCACCCAGCUACUGGAUUACAUAAGGUAAUCUCUAUAGGAAUGUGUUGCUAGGGAUGCUAGCAGAUACCCAUAUAUUUCCAGUCCUUGUGCUAAUGCUAGUUAUAAUUGGCUCGCAAGACUACCUCUAACUUCUUUCAUACUGGACACAGAGACAUAAAAAUGGUAUCCACAAGUUCAUCUGACUCUGAGGAAGCAGAUAAAGGGCCUCAUUGUCAAAAUCCCGAAGUAUCCCUUUAACCGGUUAACAAGCGGUUCAAUUAGUUCUAAACAGUAAAAUUAUGUGACCAACGGAAAAUGCUUUGCAUGUGUAAAAGGAACUUAAAUUUUUCAUAUGAAGGAAAGCGUCCAGGUUUGAAAAAUAUUUAAGUAUAUGCUUUCAACAUGUAGACUUCCACCAGCUCAGAUUGCAAGGUGGUGGGUGAAUAGAGAGGACGUGCACUUGCUUUUUUAACCAUGCCAGAUCGGCUACUCUGGUUGUAAAGCAGUGCAAUUUGCUUAAUAUUAGGAGUUAAGAAAUACAAAUAGUAGUAAUGGAAAGCUGGGAUCCUCUUCUUUUGAAUAGGCAUGCGAUUGAAUUUAGAAUUGUUGCGCAAUGACUGGGCUUAUAAGAACAUGCCUCACUCCAAGCAGGCAGCGACCAGCUCAAUGCUCGACAGGUGAUAUUCUCCUCGAACUAGGCUCUGUAUGCGGUGCGCGUUUGAUAAAUAAGAUACAUGAGGAACUAACGAAAACACGCCAAUUUAAUUCCACUAAGUUAUGCAAAUUAACCUAUAGACUGAUAAGCAUGACCGGUCAAAUAUAUUGAUGGCGGCUAACCGACUAACGGUUAACCGUUAAAGGUCAAUUCCAGCCAUUUUUAUCUCAAUAUCAAAUAAUUUCUGGUUAACGAUUAAGUGAUUUGUUUUUUUUACAAUUUUAAUUGAAAACAAACACAUUUAUUCUUAGCAAAGAGCAAUUUCUCAAGCAAGAAUUUUGCUAGGACUAUCUGGGAGUGCUCUGAGUGAGAAGGGGAAAACCAAAAACUAGCUGUUAUUGGCAGAGAGGUUUGGAACUCUUUGUCUAUUGACUAAUUUACCGCAUAGUGAUGUCAGCAGGCAGGCCAAAACUCUGUCCCACCUCAACAGGCUGAAAUUUCAGGCGGUCUUUUCAAACGGCUCCUACACUAAAAGGGCAUUAUAAUUUUCACAGUAUUAUUCCAACUUCAUAGUUUGGAAAUUUAUAUAAACCACAGGAAAAUCACGUUUUUGACUGCGCUGGGCCUUUUAACAUCCCUAGUUGGCAGCAUAGCAAGCCUCGGGGUCAGUAAUCAACCUACUUCUCUCUCUAGUUGAUGAUAGAUUAAAGUUAAAACUUAACCAUUGACAUGUUGAGGCUUGUUGUGUUGGUGUGUGCUGUAAAUGUAUUUGAUUGUAAAAUGUUUUGGUGCACCCCUUCCAGCCUUCCUUCAGUCCUCUAGAGGGGACUAAGAUAACAGUGAAUAAUCUGCACCCCCGUGUCACUGAAGAGGACAUAGUGGUAAGUGCCUCACGCUGCUCAGUUCUCAGCUGUUUUAGAUUCUCUCUGUGGCUGUGUGUAAAUUGCAGACCUGCUUAUGAUGCAGCCAUGACUCAUUCAGCACAUUCAACUGACCUUUUUCUGUGUUUUUAUGACCGUCCACAGGAGCUGUUCUGUGUGUGCGGUGCCUUGAAGCGAGCAAGGCUGUUGAAGGUGGGGGUUGCUGAAGUGGUGUUUGUGAGGAAGGAGGACGCUGUGAGCGCCUACAGGAAAUACAACAACCGCUGUCUGGACGGUAAGGGCCUGCAGCAAGGGCAAAAUACAGUUUUUUGGGCACCAGCCUCUGGUAAUGAUGCAGGUGAUGACUAGUUCUCUGAAAAGGCAUCGGUUUUACUUUCUUAAAUCUUUAUUUAUUCUCUUCCCAAGGCCAGCCCAUGAAGUGCAAUCUUCACAUGCAGGGGAAUGUUAUCACUUCAGACCAGCCCAUUCUUUUGUAAGUCUCUGUCUGUCUCUGGUAUAUUCAUAUUUCUCACUGCUCCCUUAGUUGCGUUGCAUGCAAAUCAAAUUGUAGUCCAUGAUGUGCAUGUGUUAUUUUCUUCCUUUCCAAUUGCAAAUUGCAAUGCCGGUUGUCUUUCAGCAUCACAUAAAACUUUAUGUGGAUCGCCUUCUCUUUUUCUCUCUCACAGGAGGCUCAGUGACACUCCAGGCAGUGGCAGUGGAAGGAAAGAGGGUCUGCCCCUCUCUUUGUCUCGCCCCGGGGGUCGUCCGGCCUCCUCUCAGCCCACACCUGAGGUGGAUCCCCAGACCAUCCUCAAGGCCCUGUUCAAAUCUACUGUCCAGAAUCCCUCUACCACAGAGUCUCCCGGUUCACAGUGCACAGCCUUCCGCAUCAAGAUAUAACUUUAUAGUACAUCCACACACAUACAUGUCACACAACACAUAAUACAUCCACCCUCCUGUUUGACAGAGCCAUCUACUGACAUGCUCAAAUAACAUGAUACUGUAUUUGUAUAAAUUUGACAGAUCAUUGGCAGGUUGUAACAUAAAAAGUUAACACACUGAUGCCAUCAUCCAGAUUUUUAGGAAAGAAAAACAAAAUGUGUAUCCGUGGCAUAUUACAUAGAUGCAUGUGUCUCAGAACGGACCAAUGUAUGGCAGUCUGAUUUGUUCAUUUAUUGUUUUAAUCAAAUUUGGUAGAGGGGAUAAACAGGACAGUUGUGGAUAUUUUUUGUAUCACAUUGUUAACUUUUACAACUGUUCAAAUAGUUCACAUUGAACGCCAUCCCUCUUGGAAUCAUGAGGUAUUUUGUGCUAGUUGGAGUCGUCCCCCCCUUUGCAAACCGAUGGUCUCACUGAUCUGAUGCACAAACCCAUGAACCACAGGCAACAGUGAUUCUUGUACUGGACAUAAUAAAAACUUUGAUUUCAGCAUAAUGACUUGUACACAUGCUCGUAUUCCAUUGUGGUAUUUGGUUUGCCGCUCUUCUCCUUUUUGUGGCAUUCAGGUUGUUCUGUGCUUAUUUGUGGCUGUUAUUUUACUGUUUUAUUGGUUUUUGAGCAGCUUAGAUAAGUCAUGCUAAUUUACUAAAUUUAUGUUCAACUGUCUAUAAAUGACUCUUUGUACAGCUGCCUCUUAUGUCAGUCAUAAAGAUAUGGUAGUGAGGUCAGGUCUCUGUACAAGUGAAUUUCUGCCAAUAAAUAUGUUGCUUUAUAAAGAUGUGUUCAUAUCAA